AUCAGCCCCGAGUGCGCCGUGACGCAGUGGACAGACUGGUCCCCCUGCACGAGGACCUGCGGCGAGGGCACCAUGUCCCGCCACCGCAUCCCCUUCGCCCCGAGCUUCGAGCACUGCAACGUGCACACCAACGACGUCAAGAAGUGCAGCGAGCGAAUCAACUGCACGAUCCACCCGUCGGAGAGAGAAGAGGUGUGCAUGCAGGAGAAGGAGGAAGGACCUUGUCGCGCCGUCCUCAAGCGCUUCUACUACGACGUCGACCACCAGCAGUGUCGCCAGUUCACGUACGGAGGCUGCAGGGGCAACAGGAACAAUUUCGAGACCUAUGACGAGUGUGCGAUGGCGUGCGAGGUCAAGACUCGUACGCCUUUGCCCACUAGGAACAGUGUAGCCGACGUCGACUGCCAGGUCAGUCCGUGGAGCGAGUGGACCGGCUGCUCCAAGACCUGCGGCAAGGGAUGGGUAUCCAGGACUAGGGAGAUUCUGGUCUUCCCUCAGCACGAAGGUCGCCCGUGCCCCAAGAAACUCAGAAGAAGACGCAAGUGCAUCAACCCCAAGUGCAACGACGGCUACAACGGCCUCCAGAGCAUGAGUCUCCACCGCGAGGUCCCGCACGAGUCCUACCACGAAGCCCCCCGCCAGCCGGCCGAGGACAACCACAGCCACCAGGAGUCCUACAUGCCCUACCCCGAGACCAGUCACCACCGCCUGUACCCCGAGACCAACCCCGCCUACGCCGAGACCAGCCACCGCCUGUACCCCGAGACCAACCCCGCCUACGCCGAGACCAGCCACCGCCUCUACCCGGAGACCAACCAAGCCUACCGCGAGACGGAGCGGCCCUACCGCGAGAACUACCACACCUACAGGGAGGGCUACCGACCUCCUGUCCAGGAGCAAGGGCCAGACCACCCCUUCCCGACGACCUCCUCCUACUACCCCUACGAGUACCUGGCGCCCUCGCUCUUCAACCCGCCCCCCCUCAACGCCGGCGCGGAGGAGGCCCACAAGGAGGUGGACGACGGCGAAAAGGUCGACUGCGUAAUGGGCGAAUGGGGCCCGUGGUCACCCUGCACCCAUUCGUGCGGUUCCGAAGCGCUACAGCAGCGUUCUCGCACCGUGAUCGCCGAACCGAGGAACGGGGGAACGGCGUGUGAAGAUCGCUUGCAACGCCGCUAUUGCACGCUGCCUCCCUGCCCUCACCCUAGGUAUGUAGACUUCAGGUCCAUACCAUGGAGUAUAAAGUAUUAAAUAAAAGGGAAAAAAUGAGAUGUCAUACAGGAGGAAUUAGCAAAAGGCUGAGGGUGGACCGGCAACUUGCAAGAGGGGAUUCAUCCACAUACUCACCUGCAACUCUGAAGAAGAAAAGACACACAAAAUGAAAUACUCAUUAUGAGUGAACCUGGAUGACCUAUGAUGGCUGGAGUUAAUGAGCUCGUUUUGUGACUGAGAACAUGAGGAGAAACGAAGGAGAGAGAUAAAUUUUUAGAAAUAUGUAAAUAGAUAAGAGUGAGUGGGGAAGAGAA